ACAAACCUGGAAAUAAUGGCGGUACCGCAAGAUGCCGAGGAGCCGGUUUGUCCUGAGAAUUUCCGCAAGUCACUGAAAGAUGGAUCCUUCACAGUGCCGGAUAUCACAACGAAAGUCUAUAAGGAAGAGUGCACUUACUGCUUUAGAACACCUUUCUUUGCAGGUGGUUUAUUUGUAUGUCUGAAGACUUAUGCCUGCUUUUGUUUCACUCAUGUUGGCUUGUAUGCUGAACAAUCAGGAAACACCUUGUUCCUCCAUAUCUCUAGCAAGAAGGCAAGGCUUGAUUUUUGA